AUGCGAGAAGGCUAUCUAUUCAAUGGGCUCACAGAGCUUAUUACUCGGGGAUAUGUCCAUGGCGCCCUGAACCUCUGCACAUCCACCGACAUCACCCGGCUGCAGAAAGGUCACAGGUCAGGAGAGCUCCGAUUGAUUGAUAAUGGCUGCACUGCUCAGGAUUGGACGUUUGUGCAGUAUCAAGCCCUUGCAGGCCGAGUGCUUGGCCGUCCUGAGAUAAAAAAAAACAAAGACAAAUCACAAUCUGCAACAUACUUUGAUAUUGAGAAGCUUGUUCAACAUAAGCCUUUUGAAGGAGCGAAGGCACCAGCAUCCAAUGCAGCCAUUGCAGCCGCGGCAGCAGAAGCUGUCUCAAUACCAGUUCCAGAACCAACCCCCGAAUCUGUCAUCGAGGCAGUCCCAGCACCUGUCAUUGAAGCAGUAGCAGCCCCUGAACCAGUCAUAGAAGCAGCCCCUGAACCAGUCGUAGAAGCAGCCCCAGUUGUGGAAGCAGUUUCAGAACCAGUUGUAGAAGCAGCCCCUGAACCAGUUGUAGAAGCAGCCCCUGAACCAGUCGUUGAAGCAGCCCCUGAACCAGUCGUUGAAGCAGCCUCAGAACCAGUCGUUGAAGCAGCCCCUGAACCAGUCGUUGAAGCAGCCCCUGAACCAGUCGUAGAAGCGGCCCCUGAACCAGUCGUUGAAGCAGCCCCUGAACCAGUCGUUGAAGCGGCCCCAGAACCAGUCGUUGAAGCGGCCCCAGAACCAGUCGUUGAAGCGGCCCCUGAACCAGUCGUUGAAGCGGCCCCAGAACCAGUCGUUGAAGCGGCCUCAGAACCAGCUGUAGAAGCUGCCCCUGAACCAGUCGUAGAAGCGGCCCCUGAACCGGUUGUAGAAGCGGCCCCUGAAGCGGUCGUUGAAGCGGCCCCUGAACCAGUCGCAGAAGCGGCCCCUGAACCAGUCGUAGAAGCGGCCCCUGAACCAGUCGUAGAAGCGGCCCCUGAACCAGUCACAGAAGCGGCUACAGAACCAGUCCCAGAGCCUGUAGUGGAGGCUGCCGCUGAGGCAGAAGCUAUAGAAGAAGAGGUGGUGGUUGAGCCUCCACAGGUACCAGAGACCAGUGUUGAGCCUCCUUUGGUGGUGGAGGCCUCAGAGGUGAUUGAGCAGACUGCUGAAGAUGUUGUCCAGAGUGUUGCGGAGGUGGUGACAGAAGCUGCUCCUCUGGUGGAAGCAGUGGCUGAGGUGGUGCUAGAGACCGCUCCUGUAGUAGAAGCUGCAGCUGCUGCUGCCAUCCCUGGAGUCCAGGCUGUUGCUCAUGCCAUCUCCGAAGCUGCACCAGUUGUAGAUGACGUUGUAGAAACAGUGGCCGAAUCCAUAGUAGACUCUAAAGCUCCAGCUGAACCUGAGGCUAUUGUGGAUGUAGCCCUUGCCGUAGACUCCACAGAAGAGCUGGUGGACGCUGCACCAGGGGUCUCUGAAGCAGCUCCAGAGGACCUCCCAGUGGAACCAUUUGAGGCUCCGAUAGACCCAGUUCAGAAGCUCUUCCUGGAUGCUAUUCGAAGCUACUCCUCCCAAAGCCAGUCUGGGGGUCUGGUGGAUGCAGGAGCAGAGUACGACAAAGCACUGGCUGAGGAGAUCAGCAAACUGCAGAGACUGUACGGAGGAGGAGACCUCAGCUCCUUCCCCACGUUCAAGUUCUCUGAACCCAAGUUUGACUGA